CGCAGCACUGACGACACACGCACUACGCAAGCCCCUAGGACCCUCGCUUCCGGCCGCGGCGGCCCUAGCGCCGCGCGACCGGAUAGAUCGUCUGGUUUUGAGCGGUAUGCGGUGCUGAGGAGCGACGGACCCCUACGACGGCGCCAUGAACCUCCUGCCCUGUAACCCCCACGGCAACGGGCUGCUGUACGCCGGCUUCAACCAGGACCAUGGGUGUUUUGCAUGUGGAAUGGAGAAUGGAUUCCGAGUCUAUAACACCGAUCCGCUCAAAGAAAAGGAGAAACAAGAAUUUUUAGAAGGAGGAGUUGGCCACGUGGAAAUGCUAUUUCGCUGUAACUAUUUAGCUUUAGUUGGUGGUGGAAAAAAGCCGAAAUACCCUCCCAACAAAGUGAUGAUCUGGGAUGAUCUGAAGAAGAAGACAGUCAUCGAGAUAGAAUUCUCCACAGAGGUCAAGGCUGUCAAGUUGCGGAGGGAUAGAAUUGUGGUGGUUUUGGACUCGAUGAUUAAGGUGUUCACAUUUACACACAAUCCCCAUCAGUUGCACGUCUUUGAAACCUGCUAUAACCCUAAAGGCCUCUGUGUCCUGUGUCCCAACAGUAACAACUCCCUCCUUGCCUUCCCUGGCACUCACACUGGCCACGUACAGCUUGUGGACCUGGCCAGCACUGAAAAGCCACCAGUGGACAUCCCCGCACACGAGGGUGUCCUGAGCUGUAUUGCUCUCAACCUGCAGGGAACAAGGAUCGCCACCGCAUCUGAAAAAGGGACCCUUAUAAGAAUAUUUGAUACUUCAUCAGGGCAUUUAAUCCAGGAGCUACGAAGAGGAUCUCAAGCAGCUAAUAUCUAUUGCAUCAACUUCAAUCAGGAUGCUUCUCUCAUCUGUGUGUCCAGUGAUCAUGGCACUGUGCACAUUUUUGCAGCUGAAGAUCCAAAAAGGAAUAAACAGUCUAGUUUGGCAUCAGCCAGUUUCCUUCCAAAAUACUUCAGCUCCAAGUGGAGUUUUUCCAAGUUUCAGGUUCCUUCAGGAUCUCCAUGCAUCUGUGCCUUUGGAACAGAGCCCAAUGCGGUCAUUGCUAUCUGUGCAGAUGGCAGCUACUACAAGUUCCUGUUCAGUCCUAAGGGUGAGUGUGUCCGGGACGUGUGUGCACAGUUCCUGGAGAUGACCGAUGACAAGCUGUGACUGUACCUGUGAGUGCAGGUUGCAAACAUUUAAAUUGUGCACAGCAGCAGAUUCUCAGUUCUGCCAGUUCCUUUAUGCUCCUGUAAUCGGCUAACUGUGGAUUUGAUGUCAAGUAUGCAUGUUACCUUAUGUGUAUUUAAUCAUGAAACUUAAUUUUGCACACUUGUUUGUACUGUUUUCUUUGAAAUAAAAGUGACUAAUUUUGUUGUACUCU